GCGCCCGGGUCACAGAGGCACUGAGCCUGGGCCAGUCUGCCUGGGAAGUUCCCUCUGGGAACGUCUUCCAGUGGGCACUUUGGGCCUUUAUUCAGGCCCUAUGGCCUGUGAGACCUCACCACUGGGGGGAAGGCUGGGCCGGAGGGAGUCAUCACCUGUGGUGCCGGUCCCAUGGAUGAGGUGGAGUGGACGCAAAGACAACCCAAGGCUGAGGACCUAAGGGUUGGACUCAUUAGCUGGGCAGGAAAUUACCUAACUUUUGAUACAUAUAAGGGUACAGUCACUGCUACUGCAAAGGGUUUGGGCCGGAGACAGACAUGGGAGGUCCUGGUGAGCAAUGAGCACGAGACACAGGCCAUAGUACGACUCAGGAGCUUGCAGGGUCUCUACCUUCUGUGUGAGGGAGAUGGCUCUCUCUGCUACGGUCGGCCAAAGGCCAGCCACCAUGGGUGCUUUCUGCUCCGAUUCCAUCGCAAUGGCAAGUGGACCCUACAGUGCAUCAUCAGUGGUCGUUAUCUGGAGUCUGAUGGCGAGGACGUGUUCUGCAACUCUCGUGUCCUCUCGGCUUACCACUUGUGGACACCCCGACCAGCCCUGCAUGUCCACGUGAUCCUCUACAGCCCCUGCACCCACUGCUAUGUGCGGGCUGACCCCACAGUGGGCCGCGUCUGGGUGGACGCGCCUAUUCCCUACCUGGAGGAAUGUGGCUUCCUGUUGCAUUUCCAAGAUGGAUGCUACCACCUGGAGACCUCAACACACUACUUUGUGUCUCACGUAGACCGGCUGGUCUCACAGCCCUCGGCACAGACAGCUUUUCACAUGCAAGUGCGGCCUGGAGGGCUCGUGGCACUGAGUGAUGGAGAGGGAGGAAUGCUGUAUCCCCAGGGGGCACGUGUGCUCCUGGGCAUGGGCUCCAAUCCCCGAAGGGGCGAGGAGUGGUUCAUCCUCAGACACUGUCCUACCUGGGUCAGCCUCAGGUCAAAGACUCGCAAGUUCAUCUCUGUCAUUUAUGGUGUUGAGGUAUAUGCUGCCUCUGAGCACUUAACCCCAAUGUCCAUGUUCCAGUUUGAAUGUGACAGUGAGAGCCCCACCUUGCAGCUUCGUUCAGCAAAUGGCUGCUACCUAGCCCAGAGGCACCACAGGACUGUGAUGGCAGAUGGUCACCCAAUGGAGUCUGACACCUUCUUCCGCAUUCACUGGAAUUGUGGCAAGCUCAUCCUGCAGUCCCCCAACGGCCGUUUCCUGAGUAUCGUAGCUGGUGGUCUGCUGAUGGCCAAUGCCAGCAUUCCAGGCCCAAAUGAGGAAUUUGGGAUUCGAUUCACCAACCGCCCUUUCAUUGCCUUGCGAGGUCGCUAUGGGUAUGUGGGCACCUCGUCAGAACACGACCUCCUGCAGUGCAACAUGGAUCACCCCGACUGCAUCCACCUGCUGCCCUGUCGCCAGGGCAUCUACCACUUCCAGGGGUGGAUCCUUCUGGUCAAUAACGUCUUUUGGCACCUUCCGCCCUUGGGGAAAAUUUGCCCUCAACUUUUGUAUAGAGCUUCAGGGGAGCAACUUGCUCACAGUGCUCGCUCCCAACGGCUUCUACUUGCGAUCCGACCGGAGUGGUACCCUGUUGGCAGACAGCCAAGACAUAACCAAAGAGUGUAUUUGGGAAUUUUAGGUCAGUGGUAUGUUACCUACCAAAAUCCAGAUCCUCCAGGAGAGAUUACUACUACAGGAAACAAAACAGAAACCUCAAAAGUCAAGAUCCAUGAGCAGAAUGUCUGUUACACAACUUUUCCUACCCAGUUUAGCAAAACACCUGUUUCAAUGUCAACAAUACAGCACAAAAGGCCACCCCCAGACCCUGGUGUGCAUCUGACUCAGUCCAGAAAAGAGGCUUAGAUGUGGUGGCAACUGAAGUGCCCAGCCACCCUAAGUUCUAUCCACAUGAAGAGAGACCACAUGGUAACAGGUUCUCCUAUUGCUCCUCCCCAUCCCCACCAAAACCUCUAGACUCUCCCCAUAUUCCCAAGAGGAGCCAGAAUUGUUCCGAAUUCAGAAAUGACCAGAUGUCCUUUUGCUUUAGAAAGAAUGAAGGCUGGCUGAUCCUUGGGGUGCAGGAUAAUGAAACUAACACCUUUGUUUGUAUAGCUGUUCACCCUCACCCCAAAGCCCAAACAUCCCACCGUAUCAUUACAUUCGA